CCUCCCCAUCUUCGCCCCUCGACUUCUGCCCUCCUCUUGUCCCCCCUGCAAAUUUCCGGCUUCCGCUUCUCCUUCUCUCGCCGGCCAGCCCAGUCACAUCCCCUCGUCCAAGACAAGAGGCGCAGACUGGCUCAGAUUUCGAAAUUUCCCUACAUAACGACUUUUGGCCUUCGCAUCAUCUUCUAAACUUCUCCUCAUGCUCCCCUGUUGUCACUGGCUAAUCCAAAUCCGGGUGUCAUCUUUGCUUUUGGCCGCUGACGAGAUGCAACCCCCCUUGCGGCUUUCUCCAUGGUACCUAAGGAGCAUCUGAAUCCUCAGUCUUAGUCCUUCGGCCGCGGUUGUUCUUCAGUAGAGCAGACAUGACGGGCAAGUCUGGAGAUUCGAGACACAGACUCUACCCCUCAUGACCAACCACCUACCGAUGAUUCAUUCCUCAACUGAGAGGCAAGUUGUGAGCCUGUCUCCGUUAUUGAAAGCUUUAAGUGUCGCUUUAAAAGUUCUAGGCUUGCCUAACACCUCGAGCGCCAUCAGGGCUAAACAAUGCUUCGUACGUUGGGCGUGCAACUCGUCCAACCCCUCUUUGAACGCACACCCUUCCUGUUUUAAGGUUGCCCAAAUGAAUAUACACUCCUAUACGGGCAGCAGUAAAAUUACGUUUGCAAGCUGCCUCACUAACACCAAACCACAACUGACCGAUAUUCCGAAUGACGACCGUCGGUGACGCUGGCAAUGCGUCCUCAAGUAAAUCCCAAGAUAGCGGCUGUGGCAGUCAAAACAGACAAAUCUCGAUGCUUUGCCGCCGAACCGACAGUAGGCGACAUGCACAAACACAGCACGUGGAUGUAUGGAGACUGACAGGUCUGGGAAUGGUCACUUGGGGCUCUUCGUGAUUUGCUGGCGACGACGAGGCAACUGGAGCGCAAGGCGUCCGCAUCUGCCUGGAGACAACAGAAGGCAUGUCUGAGCCAGCUUACCUAGGAGAGACAAAAACCCAACACCUACUCGUCCCGUCGGCUACGGAGUCGGAAAGGCAGACAGACCAAGGCACAGCCCUGGCGGCUCCUUUCGCCCACUACCGUCAUCUUCCACCUUCCGCCAGUGGGCAAGAUGGUGUGGCCCGCGUACCAUCAGCCAAAGAAACAACAGCACACAACGCAUUUGUAUAAUUUUAUACAGAUGCUCCUGCAGCCACCAGACGCUAGGUAUUGAUUGUGGACCAGCCCACACCAUACAUAUUCCCUGCCGCAGUCUCGGACUUCAGGGGUGUACAUAUAUGCCUCCGCAGCGUCUGAUGAGGAUGGCCCUCCACUGCACAUCCUUGCUUCUUCUUUCACACCUGUUCAUUGUGCCCUCCUACCUAUAGCCGGCUUCUUGUCUCCGCCAUGCGGCUCUGCGUGGAGAUACGUAUCUUCGUUGAUGGGGUUUUGUCCCUUCCCCCAGAGCUCUUUGCUCUAGGAGAGCCUAGCCAGCUGCCCUGGCGCAUUUGCUGUGCCACUAGUCACCCGAGUUACCCCGUGAACUUAUAUACACCUAGCAUCGCCAUGUUGCUAGGUCUUCGAUGUCGGUAUUUUGUGUCUCGAUGGCCACAACAGACACCAAGACAGCAGUUCCUUGUUAAUUGAAAACUUGAGCAUUUGUUUUCUUUUACCACUCUGUUCUCACAUCAACCUUCUCCUUGAUUCUUUGCAACCUUCCGAUUGUCUUCAAAGGCAACAGUCUUGUGUGGUCUUAGCUUGGACAUCUCAUUCGUCAGACUGGGUGUUCAACUUAUACCGACGCUGCUGUUCUUUCGUCUAGUUACCUGCCUGCUACCCAGGGCUCAACCAUCAGGAAGAACCUCCUGCCACUAUUUGGCUCCAGGCUUGCUCGAGAGACAAUCGCUUCCUUGACGGGUCGACUUCCACAGCAGGGGGGGAAUCCCACAAGAUGGCCUACUUCUACGAACAUGUCCAAGGAGGACAUCUUCCUGACGAGCAGCUAUACUACGGGCAUCAAAACUUCAGCCAGAUGCCCAUGUCUUUCCUUGAGUCUUCGUCGUCUUCGGACUCCUCCACACCGGUCGACCCGAGUUUUGCAUCCUACCCCCCUGAGCCGCAAUACCAGACGCCAUGGCCGGUGAACCAGACUCAUCAGAUUCAACAAUACAUGGAAGGUCCACGAACUGCCUUUUUUGUCCCUGAAUAUGCCCAGGUAUUCCACAACAUAGCCCGUCCGACUCAGGAAUCAACCACACUACCUCCAGCUUCGCAGCGAAGACAUGGUUCCCCCUGCUCUCAACAGACGCUGUCCAGCAGCGACUCCAACAGCCCGCCGACGGAAAGCGAUGUUCUACCCGCAACCCCUCCAGACUGUUCUGCCACUUCCCCUUUCAUGCAACACAAGCAAUACACCGGUGACUGGGAGACCCAGCAGUAUCGGUCUCAUACGCUGCUUGGCCUUGGCAAACAGGGUACCGUUUUCGUCAAUCCCCACGAGGUCAAUAUUUCUCAAGCCAUAUUCGAAGAAGAGGCCAUGCCGACCCCUUUCGAUCACAGCCGUACCUUCAGUUUCUGUUGUUCAGACUCUGAUGAGUCGAGCAUUCCCCAGCAGUCAGCUUUCUCGUCUCGUGAAAUGACACCGGAAGCUCUCGAACCCAUCGUCAAGAAAGAGCUUCCCACGGCUGAGCCAUCUUACCAACAAAGCUACCCCGAACCUGAACUGAGUGAGCAAGACUCCCUUAAAUCGACAACCAAGAUCGAGCCCCUCAUCUCAUUCGACGACACAAAGGACUCGGAUUACAGGCCCGAGCACCAUACACGAAAGCGCUCCCGUAAUACGCAUGCCAGACAGAUAUAUAGCCCUGGCUCAACACAGGAAAGAAAGAGACCGAGGGUCAAUAGCGAUACCGGUGGUCUUGCCCCAAGUCGGCUCAACGCGCCUAUCCAUUCUGCGCGGAACCCCAAAAUUGUUUGUACAGAGUGCAAAACUCCCUUUUCCGAUGAGAGCACCUACCAGAAGCACAUGAAGCAACAUCACACCCGUCCCUUCGCAUGCAUUUUCAAUUACGCCGGCUGCCCAUCCACAUUUGCCAGCAAGAAUGAAUGGAAGCGUCACGUAAGCUCUCAGCACCUGGCACUCCAAUACUGGCUCUGUGUCCAAGAUGGCUGCUCAAAGACCACCAACCCUCCGACUAACCGGCGUUUCUCCUCCUCUUCUUCCUGCUCCGUCUCGCCAACACCGCCUGCCUUGCCAAACGGCGCCAUAUUCAAUCGCAAAGACCUCUACACCCAACAUGUCCGCCGCAUGCACGUUCCCCCUCAUGUCAGGAAAGCCCAGAAGCUGAAGAAGCCCACCCCUGAAUGGGACGAUCACCUUAAGGACCUCCAAGCAGAAGCAGAACAGACACGCUGCGACCUACCUCAGUACAUGCGCUGCCCUGCCGGUGACUGUGGCCAUGAGUUCAACGGCCCGCAAGCCUGGGACGAGCGCAUGGAGCACGUCGCACGCCACCUCGAGCGCGCAGCUGACGGCAAGGAGCCCACGGUUCACUUCGGCGGCGAGACCGACCCAACGCUCACCCAGUGGGCGUCGAGUCCUGGUGUCUACGUCGUACGGCAGACCGAUACCCCCGGCAAUUGGGAGCUCAUAAACCCACUUAAAGGGGAGAUUGGGCCUUCCUCGGGCAAUGGAAAAGGGGGCAACAGCGGCGGUAAAGCAUUCUCUUCCCUCAAGGAGAUUGUCGUCGCCGCCUGCUCCGACGAAGACGCUGAGGGCGAGGAAGAGGAGUGAUCAACUCCAUCACAUAGUCUCUUCCGCCAACACUUUUCGACAUCCAUACGUUGGCUUUUCUACAGAUGCCCAAUUGGCGUGUCAGGCGCUUGGUGAUUCGGAUUGUGCAUUUGACCUCACCGUAUUAGAUACCUCUUUUUUAUUUGCUUCUUUCUUUUAUCGUUCUUUUGUCGUUCUAUCAGCACCAUGGAAUUAUGUGCGGGAGGGAGCUUGGAUUUGCCUGUCUUGGCACAAUGUUUCGAGGGAAGUAAAGGGGACAUUUAUAAUGCAUAUGAAAGGGAUAGAAUCGGCUUACAUGGACAAACAUGUGGAGAAACCUGAAGGAUAGUUACGACUUGUUCUGCCAUGAUAGCACCAGAUAUUUGAUACCAAUUUGUUACUCCCG